UGGCAGUGCUGAGGAUUCAAACUGUCCUUACUCCAGGGAGAAGACUGAAGGAACUCUUCAUCUGCCUAUUCUGAGACUCUGUUUCAAGGGGAGCAAGAGCCCUUCACUGAAAUCCUCCCACCAUGCUGGGGCUGCUGCUGCUGCAGGUGUUGGCGAGCUGCCUCUGCCUGGGACACAGCGAGGUGGUGACAUCCUUUACAACUGCAUGUGCUCAGUUUUUCUAUGAGAAGACCCCCCCAAGUGACACCCUGCGUCCAACAAAUGCAGCCAGGAUCUGCCAGCGCUUAAGUAACAAAUAUCACUUUGCCACCCUGUAUGACAAAACUCGCAGAAUUCCAGUGUACUCUGCUUAUAUCUACAAGCCUGGACAUGGAUACAGAUAUAACUCAUGGUUUAUUGAGCCCCAGCUGAUUGACAAAAAAAGUUAUGGCAAAGAAAUGGCUGAGCCGUGGACCAUCCCUUCAGCGAAUAUUGGCGAGAAUCAGGCUGUUGAGAAUGACUACAGCAGUGCCGUGAUGCCUGUGGACCGUGGUCACUUGUGUCCCAGUGGCCACCUUUAUGAGCAGACCAGCAGGUGGGCUACCUUCACCCUCACCAACAUAGUGCCCCAGUACAGCACACUCAACCAGGGUGCCUGGAGUGUGUACGAGGACACAACAAUGCGCAACAAGACUGACGGCUGUGAUAAAACCUAUGUCAUCACGGGUGCUGUACCUGGGAACACCAACAUCUCCAAUGGGAGGGUUAAUGUACCCAGCCACAUCUGGUCAGCUGCCUGCUGCCUGGUGGGUACAAAUCCCACUAGGGCUUGGGGGGCCAUUGCUAAGAACGAGAGAGGCAAUAACCAGGUGACGAAUCUCAACCUGGGGAGGCUGGAAACGAAAUUGUCUGAGCUCUAUGGGGGGAAAGUUGUUACUCUAUUCAACAAUGCCUGUCCCCGGCAAUAAGCCUCACAUCCUUCAUGGAAAAGGCUCAGAAAAUUUUCCCACAUGUCACAGAACCACAGAAUCACUGAAUGGGUUGGUUUUCAAGGGACAGGUUGUUCCAAGCCCUCCCCAGCCUGGCCUUCAAUGCUUCCAGGGAUGGGGCAGUCAAAACAGCUCAGGGUAACUUUUGCUCAUAGCACAGUCUGCUCCCAGGAAUUUACUUCUUUAGAAUAUCCCAUCUAACCCUGCCCUCCAUCAGUGGGAAACCAUUCCCUCUUGUGCUGUCACUCCAUACCCUUGUCCAAAGACCCUCUCCAGCCCUCUUAGACAUCCUGUAGGUACUGCACUCUCUGGAGUCUUCUCCAGGCUGAACAUGCCCAGCUCUCUCAGCCUCUCUCCAGAGCAGACGUGCUCCAGCCCUCAGAGCACCUUCAUGGCCUGCACUGGACUCCACUCCAACAGCUUUGUAUCCUUCUUGUGCUCUGGGCCCCAGAGCUGGAGGCAGCACUGCAGCUGGGCUCUCAGCACAGCACAGCAGAGCAGAGGGGGACAAAUGUCCUGUGCAGCUUCUGUGCUGCUUCCUUCUCUGGUGUCUUUCCAGCUCUGUCCCUCAGGGCACCUCCUGCUCUGCCCAAAGGCACAAAGCCGUGGGCAGAGCCUCCAGCUGCUUUGCUUUGCUGCCCAUCUCAGGAGAGAGCUCUCAGGGACGAGUCCUCUCCUCCUUAGCUGUCCCUGACAGUGUGCAGCUGACUUGUCCCUCACCUCCUUAGCAAGGCCAAGGCACCAGGGCACCUCAGGCUGCCCAGACACCUUGUCUGGACAUCUCCAUGUCUGCACAUACCCAAAGCCCAACAAUGAUCCUGGACAACCUGCUCCAGCUCAUCCUGCUUGAGCCUGGAGUGUGGACUAGAAGAUCUUGACAAGUCCCUGCAAAACCCAACAAUUCAGUGAUUAUGUGAUCCUGGGACAUGCUUUUGUUUGCUUGCUUUUGAAAGUGCACCUUGAGAGCAGCACCUGUUGUAUCAGACAGGCAGCCUUUGGCAUCAGAUACAUAGAAAGCUUAGAGCAGCCAAAGCUAAAUUCCUGUGAUGCUCUCACUGGAUACCUGC